AUGUCAUACGAUGUUGAGGAAGAUAACAAUCCUUUUGCUAGUGGAUUAGACCAAAUGGACUUCCCUUAUCAGAAGAAUGGGCACCAAGAUAAAAGUGAUAACAAGGACCAGUCUUCCAACAAAGGUGGCUCUGCCAUCCCGAAAAAUAGGAAAGAUAAAAUAUCUAUAAUUGAUGCUAAUAAGACAAAUGACGGACAUAGUACUGGUGGGUAUAUCACUUACACCAUAUCAUACAAUAACACAUUGAUUAGACGUCGUUACAGGGAAUUUGAAUCUUUAAGGAACUCUUUAGUGGCUUUGUUUCCAACCAUCAUUGUGCCACCAAUACCUACCAAACAGAAAUUGGGUGACAUUAUAUCCAGCGCAACUUCUGCAACCACCUCGAAGGCGUCAAAUACAACCUCUCAUAUGCUUUCAGUUAAUCAAUCCACUCACAAUCUUGAAAAUCUAUCGAACCAUUUAGAGCCGAUUAAUAUUAUUGACCACCGAAAAAGAAUGCUCUCAAUAUUCUUGAAUAGAUGCCUUCGGAUAUCUAAAAUUGAGGAUUGUGAGGCAUUUAGGUGUUUUCUUAAUCCAAACUUGAAUUGGAACGAUGUUCUCGAACAGCCUCCUCUUUCAGUUAUACCCAAGAAUUCUCUACAAUGUGAUCCAAUUCAUCCUGAAAAGUCCACAUAUUUGCAUACUAUCAUGCCUAUUCCAAACCUGUUAUCUCAAUCUACCACAUCUGCAAUCCAUAUGCUACGAAAUGUAGCUACAAAUCAAGAAGUAAAAGAAGAAACUGAAGAAGAUCAAGAGUUGAGCUCGAAAACUAUUGAAAAUAGUGUCAUGAGUGAACUUGAUAAAGUCGAUAAAAAAUGCAGCAAAUACAUUGCAGACCUUUCUAAUAUAUCUUCGGAAUUAGGGAUUUUGUUCAAUGCGUUUUCCUUACAAGAAAUUGAUUCUGUUCAAGCAAAUCAUCUUGAAAAAGUUUCAACAAUUUAUGAUCAAAACUAUUUGAACUUGGAAAUUUUAUACAAGUCAUUGUACCUCAACUACACUGAGCCAUUGCUUGAAAUUCUACAAUUUACAGUUAUCACUAGAAAGUUGAUUAAGUUCAAAAAUAAGAAAUAUGCGCAAUUGAAAAUGAUUGAUGAUGAGCUCGCUAGAAAGGAGAAAAGUUUAAAGAAUCUGACAGUGGGAUAUAGCAAUUGGGAUAACCCCAAGCUUAAUAAUGCUAUUUCCAAGAUUGAUCUAGCAGAUAAAUCAAAAAGCUCUUCAGAACAACAGAAGGUUGUCACUCAAAAGUUCAAGAUUCCAGGGGUUAACAAAUUGGCAUCAGUCUUCAAGGAGCAUGUAUAUGAUAAUGAUCCAGUGAAGACUCACAAGGAUAAGGUCAACAAACUAAUCUUUGAUAUUAAUCAAUUGAAGGAAAUGAAGAAACUAGCGGUAAAAGAUUUUGGACUUUUGGAGACGGAAAUAAACCAAGAGCUCUUAAAGUAUGAGAAAUUCUUCAAAAUGAUCGAGUUCAAGAAAUUGCUAUUGAAAUUAGUGCAGAAUGUGCUUGAGUAUGCGCGUAAGAACCUUGAAAACUGGAAGGAGUUUGACAAAGUGAUAUCUAAAUGA